CUCCCCGCACGCGGACGCGAUUGCCGACAUGGAAGACGAGCGCUACUGCUUCAUCGUGGAGUGGCUCGACCCCCACUCGGGCCUGACCAUGAGGUACCAGAUGCUCUACGGACCCGCCGACUGCAGCGUCGAGAUGUACGACAUCAAGAACCGCCGCCCGUUCCUCAAGAAGACCCGAAUCCCCACCGUCACCAUGGACACCCUCCACAUGGGCGCCGUCGUCACCGUGUACAGCCGACAGCUCAAGAUCGUCGAGUACGGCGACGCGCACACCGAAAACGCCUUCUCCCUCGCCAGGCAAUCCACGCUCUGCGUCGUCAAGCCCGGCGCGGCGCACCUCGCGGGCAAGGUGAUCAACGCCGCGCAGAGAAGCGGCUUCGCCGUGGCGCGCGUCAAGAUGGCGUCGCUCUCCAGGGAGGACGCCGCGGAUCUGAUCGGAUCGUCAUCAUCAAUUUCGGAUGCGAGCGGCUUGGCCGCCGAACUCGCGACGGGGCCCUCCGUCGGCGUCGCCCUCGUCGGCGACAACGCGGUGGACUCGUUCAAGCGUCUCGUGCAGACGGAGAUCGUGCCGGCGUUGGGCGACUGCGUGUGGUGCGCCGACUCCGCCGACUCCGUAGAUGCCCAGACUUCGGCGUACUUCGCGAAACCGGCUUCGUGUCGCCUGCGUGACACCGCGCUGGCCAUCGUGAAGCCGAGCGCGAUGGCCAACCUCGGGCUCGUGAUGGACGCCGUGUGUGUUGACGCGGGUUUCGUCAUGACGGGCGCGGCUUCGUUCACGCUGGACCGCGUGGACGCGGUGGAGUUCCUCGAGGUGUACAAGGGGGUCGUCCCGGAGUUUGCGGCGAUGGUGGAUGAGCUGACGUCGGGCGCGUUUGUCGCGAUGGAGGUGGCGCGAUCGGAGAAGGACGGGGGGUCCGUCAGCGAGAACGGGGUCGUCGAGGCGUUGAGGGAGGCGUGCGGUCCGGCGGAUCCGGAGAUUGCGCGGGUUCUGAGGCCCCAAUCCGUGCGAGCCAAGUUUGGCUUCGACAAGGUGAGGAACGCGGUGCACUGCACCGACCUGCCGGAAGACGGCGAGCUGGAGACGCACUACUUCUUCAAGAUCCUACAGGCGUGAUGCGGUCACCGCGAGAGGGUCUUGUUCUUAGCUAUGACAUUCGCCGUCGUGUAUGAUAAGGUUUACAUCGUCCAUC